AUGGCUGGGACACUGUCCGCGAGUACACUGACAAUCCUCUUGCUGAUAAUUCUGAAGACGCAGCUAAUCUUAGAGCAGCCAUCGCGCGUGCUAUGCGCAAUCGAAGGUUCAAUCCCUAUCAGCGUACCUCCACAAGCACAGUUUCCUCCGCAAAUCAACAGCAGAAAGCUCAAGGUCCUUUUCGGGGCUUUCAAACAGGAGGAUAUGAAGGAGGCAUGUCUAAAAGGUUUGGGACAGGAUUCUCGCAGACGAGAAGAGCCGAUGUUGGCCCCUGCUUUGCCUGCCACUUGCAAGGCCACUUCGCUAGACAAUGUCCAUAUGUCGAGAGGAACACGGUCAGAAAUGUCCAAGAGCUCACCACAAGAACGGGAGAAAAUGCAGACUCCAUCAAGAACGACUCUCAAGACAGAAAUUGAAAAAAAUCUUCAUUCUUCCAAACCUUGGACGAACAUAAAGCGUUUUGAAAAUCAUCCUUUACUCGGUAACGCAGCAAAAAGGAUACCGGACAUUGCCAGAUCUUCAAAAUCCAAGAAUACCAGGGCAAAAUACGAUAGCUACUUUGAAAGAUUUGCGUCGUGGUGUAAGUCUCAUAAAUUCAAAUAUUUACCCGCAGAAGACACAACUAUUAAUUUAUUUCUAAGUGGUCUUAUAAGUAAAGGUGUUGGACAUUCGGUAAUCGAUGGAUACUAUUAUAGUAUUAAGUGGAAUCACCAAUUAAUGUUACUGACAUGCAAUCCUUGUGAUAGUAACUUAGUUAAAUUGGUUUACGAGGGUUCCAGAAAAACAGUUUGUGAACCAGUCAACAAAAAACAACCAGUGACUGCGGAUAUCAUUUCAAAAAUUGUUGAUAAAUUCGGUGGAGAUAACGACAAUUUGAAAGACCUUAGACUUUGCACCAUGUGUAUUCUUGGUUUUUCUGGAUUUUUCAGAUAUAGUGAGUUAAGUCGUCUGAAAAUGAAAAACAUAAACUUUCAAGAUGAUUACAUUUCUGUUAAUAUUACAGAGAGUAAGACUGAUCAGUGUAAAUCAGGUUCUGAAAUUUUGAUUGCUAAAACUCAAACAAAGCUUUGCCCGGUGUCUUGGUUAUUGAAAUACAUUGCUGUGGCCGGUCUCACUUUUGCGUCAGAUGAAUUCAUUUUUACUAAAGUUAGGUAUAUUAAGAAGACCGAUAAAUACGUCUUAGCAGACACUUCUACCCCUUUAUCAUAUUCAAGAGCUAGAGAGAUUUUUCUUAGCGCUUUAGAAAACAUUGGAGAAGGUAAGUCUAGCUUCGGUUUACACAGUCUGAGAAGCGGAGGUGCUUCCGCGGUAGCAAAUAGUGGUGACGUUGUGGACGUCAGGUUGUUAAACAAGCACGGUAGAUGGAAGUCUAGUUCAUCUUCGGGCGGGUACAUUCAUUAUAAUAUUCAAAACAGAUUACAGGUUUCUAAACAUUUAGGGAUUUGAGCCUUACACUUCUUUUUCUUCUUUGUUCUCGAUCAGUAACGCACCGCAUUCUUUGAAACCGUCACCAGUGUUGUUUUCUUUUCUUAUCACAGUAUAAUCAAGAAAUGUUUUAUUUUCGGACGAGCGUAGCGAGGGAGAAAAUAAUUAAAUUUCUUUAUGGUACUCCAUUAUGGGUCUUUAACUGGUUUUCUAAUUUUGAUUAUCGGGUCUUUAAAAUUAAAAGGAAUUUAUAAACACGAAUAAAACGCGUGGCGCGAAAUUAUCCAGGCGUGUGUAAAGUAUUGUUGUUUCAAAUCAGUCGACGGGCGUUACUGAUAGAAGAAAGUCGUUUGUGCGCUAAAUUUUUCUGGAAUAAAUCUGUAAAAGUGAGGCCGGAUAUAUAAUAUAUAAAUAUACUAAUGAUGUCUUAUUUAAAUAUAUAUAUAUAUAUUUUUUUUUUUUUUUUUUUUUUUUGGUUCGCAUAUAUUUUAUUAUUUAGAAAUUCAUAUUUUUGAAAGAUAAAUAGCUCUUUUAUCAAAUUCCAAACAUGUGGCUAUUCUAAGUAACUUACAAUAUCUAUUUGAUGUCAUUUCAUGCACAUAUUCUAGUAGUUGUUUAAUACUAUGUUAAUCAUAUAUUAAUUAAUACAAUUGUAUGAAUCAUUAACAAUAAUUGUUAUAAAAUAAAGAUCAGUAACGCACCGCAUUCUUUGAAACCGUCACCAGUGUUGUUUUCUUUUCUUAUCACAGUAUAAUCAAGAAAUGUUUUAUUUUCGGACGAGCGUAGCGAGGGAGA